CCGGCCGAGCUCAGCCGCCCUGGGAGCCAGCGCCGCCGCCAUGUCUUCCGGGGCCAGCGUGAGCGCCCUGCAGCGCCUGGUGGAGCAGCUCAAGCUGGAGGCCGGCGUGGAGCGCAUCAAGGUCUCGCAGGCAGCUGCAGAGCUUCAGCAGUACUGCAUUCAGAACGCCUGCAAGGAUGCCCUGCUGGUUGGUGUUCCAGCUGGAAGCAAUCCCUUCCGGGACCACAGACCAUGUGCUCUACUCUGAAGACUGGGAGGAAGUUCGGUGAGGAAUGCCUUCAAGCACAAAGUGAUGAAUGACUGCCUCCAAGUUUCAAGAAAACACUUUUCUCUAGCCAAAUGACUAUUAGACAUUUCACACUUUUUCUGUGGCCUGGUCCUAUAGCCAACAUUCUACAGAAUUAAUGGUUUUCUACUUAAACAAGGAAACAAAGUGAAGGAGUAUAGUUUUAAAUAAUAAUGGCCUAGUUCUUUUUGCUGAAGUGCUUUUUAUUAAGACAAAGAACCUUACUACCAAACAUACCAAAAUACACCUCUUUUAUGAGUGGUUUACUGGUGGUGUUAAACCUGAACUAUCAUGUAGGUUUUAUUUACUGGAUGUUUACAUUUUAGGAAGGAAAACAUUUUUGUUUAUUGAAAAAUGAGUAUUUGUAACUUGUUCCUAAGAUUUUUGUAUUAUAAUAAAAGUUGUUCUUUUCUCAUGAAUUUACAACUAUUAAAUGAGAACAUGAAAAGCUAAAAUUAGGGGAGAAGAACAGGCUUACUAAUCAAAUGAUGUCUUGAUUUUUUACAUGAGAAGAUUCUCAUUUUUAAAUUUUUAAAUGAGACUCUCACUUGUUUUAUUUUUAACAUUAAGUAGGGGAGAUGUUUCUUUGCAAACUUGUUUGAAAAAAUGUUAUGUUGUGUAUUAGGUUGCCCCAUCUUGUGUAUGAAGCAGGUUUGAUCUUUUUUCCCCUAAGUUCCUUUACUUUAUAGUCAUGGUUGUAUCUUUAGACAACUACAUUAUUUUAUAUCUUUAAGGAAUGUUUAAAAUGUGACCUACAUAUAGAACAUUGCAAAUGGUUAAAAACAAAGUAAUGUGAAAAUGUUACAACCUAAAAGAAUUCUUCAUGUCACAAGUAUUUUACUUGGAUGAUGUGCCUUUGAUUUAAUUUGGGACAGUUUUAGGAGGAUACUUUAUUUGUGUUUGCAAUAAUCGUUGAAGAGCUUGGAAAUAAAUUUCUGUCUAAUUCAUCAUUUUCUAUGACAGCAAUAUUUUGUGUCUGAUUUUGUUUUUUAAGGUUUCAUGGAUUUCUAUUUGUGGUGUUCAGUGCUGGAAGUGGAAUGUGAAAUCGUGGUUAAGUCUUUGUACAAUUUUGUAAAGUGUCCUGAAAAGCAGAUAGGUGUAUAACAUGUAAAAAUAUCUCAAUUACUAGCAACAUCUGCUCUUUGAAACAGCUAUGUAUAAACCCACAAAUAUUAAGAAAUAUCUUUGAGCAUAGGUCAAAGAUAUUUGUUACAGUAGAGAAAACAGAAGUCAUCAGAUGGGGUUCUCCCUUCCCUUAGAAGCCACUAAACUUCUGGAUACCUUCUGUCCAAUCAUAAUUCACAUAUUCUUUUUCCACCCCCUUUGUUUUUCCUCUGGAUGUUUUAUCUUCUCUGAAAUUUCAUACUACCAAUUUUCUUUCCUGUGCUUUAUCUUCAACUACCUAUUUCAUUCUUUCUAUCAGCAUU